CAUGAUUGAAUCUAUACCCACCUGUCACUCUCUACCUUCUCUCUCUGUAUCUUUAUAUAUGGAUUAGUCCCAUCCUUUCACUCUACUGCUAAAAGCAAAAGGCUGUGACGCCUCUGGCUGCAAAAACUUAGCCAUUUUCUACCCUUCUUUUCCACUUUGCUUUUUCGGAAUCCUAUUACACUAUAAAAUUUUUAAUAUAUCACACCAAAAAACCCUGGGGAAAAGGGAUCCGGGAAAUUUUGUUGCAGAGGAAGAGAUGGGCGAGAAAGAGGAUGGAUUGGGUUUGGGGUUGAGUCUCAGCUUGGGUGCCGCAACUCAACAGAUUCAGCCUUCGUUGAAGCUACAUCUCAUGCCAUUUCCUUCUGAGUUGGUGCAAAAUAAUCACCAGAGGAUCUCCCUGAAUGACCUCUUUCAAUCAUCUGAUAGGAACUCUGAUGCGAGGACGUUUCAACGAGGGAUUGACAUGAAUCGGAUACCAUCAGUGGCCGAUUGCGACGACGAAACCGGCGUUUCUUCUCCCAACAGCACGGUUUCAAGCAUAAGUGGAAAGAGAAGUGAGAGGGAACAGAUUGGAGAGGAAACUGAAGCGGAGAGAGCCUCGUGCUCUCGUGAUGGCAGCGAUGAUGAAGAUGGCGGUGCCGGCGGAGACGCUUCCAGAAAAAAGCUGAGGCUUUCAAAGGAACAGUCCUUAGUUCUCGAAGAAACCUUCAAGGAGCACAAUACUCUGAAUCCUAAGCAAAAGCUGGCCUUGGCGAAGCAGUUGAAUCUCAGGCCUAGACAGGUGGAGGUGUGGUUUCAGAACAGAAGGGCAAGGACAAAGCUGAAGCAAACUGAAGUUGAUUGCGAGUACCUAAAGAAGUGCUGUGAAAAUCUAACACAAGAAAACAGGAGGUUGCAGAAGGAAGUUCAGGAACUUAGAGCAUUGAAGUUGUCUCCCCAGCUCUACAUGCACAUGAACCCUCCCACCACCCUCACCAUGUGCCCUUCAUGUGAGCGUGUUGCAGUCUCAUCAUCAUCCUCAUCUUCAGCUGCCGCUGCAUCAAGUGCCCCGAACCGCCAUCCGGCAAAUCCCCAUCCUCAACGACCUGUGCCCAUUAAGCCAUGGGCAGCACUGCCUAUCCACCAUCGAUCUUUUGAUAAGCCUGCUUCGAGGUCAUAAAUGUUAGGUUGAGACGGGAAUAUAAAAGGUGGUUGGGAUGCGAUUUUGUUCCAAGAGUCUGGGCUUGUAUAGAGUGGAGUUAGUUACAGAAAGUAGUGUUUAUAAAUGAAAAUGGCGACUAGGAUUUAACUUGAAGGGAUAUGAUAUGAGAAAAGAAUCUGAAUAUCUUUCUUUUGGCUAAUGUUAUUGUUGGAAUCUGAUGUUGGACAAAGUGGAAUUUAGCAUUUAGCGAAGUUAGCAUUUGCGAUUAUUAUAUAAUUCUAAUUCUAAUGAAGGAAUUGUUGUCUAUUGCUGGC